AUGGCUAGUGGUUAUUUGCCGGGAAGGUGCCGUUGGGUAGGCUGUGAUUCAAUAUAUUCGUCUAUCAAGGAUGCUGUUAAAAACAAAUCCACAAUCGAAACUUUAUAUUGUAAUGUUAAAUUAUUUGGUUCUUGUGAUGGUCUGGUUUACCUUUGGGAUGAUAGUAAGAAACUCCUUUUUCUUCGGAACCCAGCCACCAAACAGCAGAAAAUAAUACCCAAAUCAUCAGAAAAGUAUACGAAAGAUGAUAUCCACAUGUAUGGUUUUGGUUAUGAUUGCAAGAUUGAUGAGUACAAGGUUAUACAUGUUGUGAAAUUAGAUGAAACUAAUAAGGACAACAGAUGUUUAAUCGACGUCUAUACUCUAAGAAAGAAUGCCUGGAAAAGCAGUCACGCUGAGCUUGACAUGCAUAUUAUGGUCCCUUGGAAUCGAGAUAUUGGGGUGCUUGUAAAUGGAGUUUUGCACUGGUCCGGCAAAAGAGACUUCAAGGUAAUCAUCACUUUAGAUAUCAGCGAAGAGAAAUUACAAGAAAUGGAACCACCUAAAGGAGCUAUAGAGAAUGGGAAUAUUUUGAGGACUGUGGGGGCUUUGGAAGGGUUGCUUUGUUUACUUGUAGUAAAUAAGGUUGACCUUGGAGUUUGGGGUGAUGCAGGAUUACGGCGUCCCAGAAUCUUGGACUAA